GAGCUUCCUUCCGAACAGAAUAAGAAAAAUGCUUCGAUUUAUAUGCUGCAAUCACACUCAGUCAAUGUGAAAUGUCAAGUAAAAUGUAUUUUGACAGGUCUGAUGUGAACUAAAGAAAAAUAAGAGAGUCGUCACACUGUGAAGUUGUCUACAAAAUGGUCUACCAUCGAAUCAUGCCUUCUUUGAUUUGACAUUUUGAACACAAAAACACAACCUAAAUUUUUCUUGUCCCCAUAGAAUUUCAUUAAAUCAUUUGUUUAGACGAGGAACAUUUUGGAUAGAUUCCGUGUAAAAUGCCGUUUAUGAUAGGACCAGCGCCGAUUCGGCGAACCAAACAAUAUUUGAGCUAUGGAAAAUUGUAUAUUAAGGAUAAAAUUAAAAUUAUGAGCAUAAAUUACAAUGAAAAGGGAGACCAUCAUCAAGGUGCCCGUGAUUUUGUAUUUUGGUAUGUGCCACAGAUUCAGUACAAAAACCCCAAUGUGCAAAUAGUUUCAUUCAAGAAUUUAACACCAUCACCGUUCAUCAGAUGUUUUUAUGAGAAUGGAAAGGAGCUUAUAAUUGACGUGGAUAGUAAGAAAAAGGAGGAAAUUCUAUCGCAUUGCCUGCAAACGAUUGGAAAAUCCAGUGAACAAAUUCAGGCAGAAAAGAUGGCAGCUCAAAAGAAAGAGAAUCCAUCAAUCUUUGGCGUCGGUUGUGAGCGGGCGUGCAUUUGCAUGGUUCCCGGCCAAUUACCAUGCCCGGGUAUCGUAAAAUUACCUGACCACAUGCGUGGCAAACUUAAAUGGAAUAAAGAUUAGGUGUUUAACAGUGUGAAGAAGAUGUAGCAAAUAAAUAAUUCAAUUCA